AUGUACAGCAACCACCAGCUGCGCUUCCGCGACGUGGUUAACGACAUCAAUGAGACCUUGAUUGGCAUCUCGCCUUACCCGCGCCUGAUGCCGAACAACGCAGGCUGCCUGCCCUACGCGGCCCGCCAUAGCUAUCACUACUCUGAUGGCGGCGGGUCGCGGGCUGCUUCGUCGGCUUCAUCGUCGAGGCCCAUGCAUGCUCCUCCUGUUCGCUCCACCGCGAGCAGCGCGCCGCUGCGCUCGCUCGAUGGCACUCUUCCUUCGAGUAUUGGCGGCAACGUGAAGGUUGUGGUGAGGGUGAGGGCAUUUUUGCCACGGGAAAUCGAGCGCGGCGCCGAAUGCCUCGUUGAGAUGGAUCCCGUCACCAACCGAACAACACUGAAACCGCCGAAUGGUUAUGACCCAGCAAACGUGCGAGCACACUCGCGCAAAGUGAUUGAGAACAAGUCAUUUACCUUCGACAAGUCCUUCUGGAGCCACAACCCCGCCGACCCGCGCUAUGCCACGCAGGAAGAUAUCUAUGACUGUUUGGGCGAGGAGUUCCUGGAUCACAACUUCGAAGGCUACCACACCUGCAUCUUCGCCUAUGGCCAGACCGGCUCGGGCAAAUCCUACACCAUGAUGGGCACCCCCGAAAACCCAGGUCUGAUUCCCCGAACUUGCGAGGAUCUCUUCCAGCGCAUUGCUGUUGCCAGCCAGGAAUCGCCAAAUGUCACCUAUCAUGUUCGGGUAUCCUACUUCGAGGUGUACAACGAGCAUGUCCGCGACCUACUGGUUCCCGUCGUCCCCGGCCAGCCCCCGUAUUAUCUCAAGAUUCGCGAGUCACCAACCGAAGGACCCUACGUAAAAGACCUGACUGAAGUCCCUGUCCGCAGCCUGGACGAGAUUCUGCGCUACAUGCGCAUGGGUGACGCCAACCGCACGACUGCCUCAACCAAGAUGAACGACACCAGUAGCCGCAGCCACGCCGUCUUCACCAUCAUGCUGAAACAAAUACAUCACGACCUAGAAACAGAUGAGACCACCGAGCGAAGCAGUCGCAUCCGUCUGGUUGACCUUGCUGGCUCCGAACGGGCCAAAGCUACCGAGGCCACAGGCCAGCGUCUCCGUGAAGGCUCCAACAUCAACAAAUCCCUUACAACCCUCGGUCGCGUGAUCGCAGCCCUUGCCGACCCCAAGCGCUCCCGCCACGGCCAUCGCGACAAAGUCGUCCCCUACCGCGACAGCAUCCUCACUUGGCUGCUCAAAGACUCUCUCGGAGGCAACUCCAAAACAGCCAUGAUCGCCUGCAUCUCCCCCUCCGACUACGAAGAAACCCUCUCCACGCUACGCUACGCCGACCAAGCGAAGCGCAUCCGCACGCGCGCCGUCGUCAACCAGCGCGAGAACAUCAGCAGCGCGCAGCGAGACGCCCAGAUUGCAGCCAUGGCCGAGGAGAUACGGCAGUUGCAGCUGAUUGUCGGGGAUAGUAGACGGCGGUUCGAGAAGGAUUCGCGCGAAGCGGAAGAGAAGCUGGAAGAGUACCAGGCCAGGGUGAGAAACUUGCAGGAGUUGAUGGAGGAAAGGACACUGGUGGCCGAGGGGAAGAUUCGGAGCUUACAGACGGAGAAUGAGGCGUUGCGGAUGCAUUUGCGGUUGGCCGUUGAGGCGUUGAAGAAUCCGAUCAGAGUGCCGGCCGGUGGCGUGCAAAACGAAGAGCAGAAUAAUAAGAACAAAGAGGCUGCAGAAGGAACGGAGGAAGUCGAAGACGAUGGGUACGCCUCGGGAGAGCCAGGCUCGCCGGCGGGCGAGUAUGCGGAAGACUAUGAGCCAGAGAACGGUGCGCAUGACAUGCAGGAGCGCAUGCAAGGACUCCUGAGGGAUCUCGACUUGUUCCGGCGCAAGAUUGGCGAUGACAAGUCGCGGUUCUUGAUGAGUCAGCCCACUCCACCGCCGUCCUCGCAUAGCGACAGCGAGGAUGCUUGUCAGGAGAAGGAUGCCUCUGAGGAUAGAACCCCCAACUGGUGGGAGGUAGCUGCGCUUGAUGAGCGAAUUAGCGAACUUCUCAAUCGGCCCAGGCCUUGGUUGACGGCGAGGGGCAGGAAAAAUAUCGUUUGA